AUGCUGGAUUUGAAACCGGGUCAAAAAGUACUAGACGUUGGAUAUGGAAUUGGUGGAGGGGACUUCUACAUGGCUGAGAACUUUGACGUGGAGGUUGUGGGCAUUGAUCUAUCUGUAAACAUCAUCUCGUUUGCACUAGAACACUCGAUAGGACUCAAAUGCUCUGUGGAGUUCGAAGUAGCCGACUGCACCAAGAAAGAGUACUCUGAUAACACCUUUGAUGUUAUUUACAGCAGGGACACCAUUCUGAAUAUCCAACUGGUUUUGCUUUUCAGGACAAGUGGUUUUGCAAACUACAUCAAGCAAAGAGGUUAUGAUCUUCAUGAUGUACAAACAUACGGUCAGAUGCUGAAAGAUGCUGGAUUCGAUGAGGUAAUCGCAGAGGAUAGAACUGAUCAGUUCAUGAAAGUUCUGAAAGGGGAACUGGACGCAGUGGAGAAGGAGAAGGACGAGUUCAUCAGUGACUUCUCAAAAGAGGAUUAUGAGGAUAUAGUAGGUGGGUGGAACUCAAAGCUACUCAUGAGCUCAAGUGGUGAACAGAAAUGA